AUGUCCUACUCACCCUCUUCGAAGGGUCUGCGACCCCGCACCCACGUUGAAAGCACUUUCACACUAAAUUUUAAACUUUCCUUGAUGCACACGCUGAGACGCUCUGAUGUAGAUGAGCUAUACAGCACUGAUUGCGAGCAAUUCCCUGAAAUAAAGCAAUUGGUCCAUGCAGGAAUCCAGGCUACAGAAUGGGUGAGGGUGUACAGACACAGAUGGCUGGAAGAGUAUCACCGUGCUGAGAACCUCGAGGUCCUUAUGCCGAAUACAUCGAAUAUACCCCACCUUGAUCAAAUUCAAGAAGGCGCUCCUUCUCCCGGCUUCUCGCCAGAGUUUCUCAACAAAGAGCUUGCGAUGAUUGAGGUGUGCCCAUAUGACCUUCCUGCACCAUAA